GGCUCCGCCACGCUCUGGGCCCGGCCCAUGGUGGAGCUCGCGGAGCUGCAGGCGCUCGGGACGGAGGCGGCGGGUACUGGGCGUCUCCCGGCGCGCUGAGCCCGGGAUGAGGGCGCCCGCGCUGCUGCCUCCCGCGCUGCUGACCUGCUGCGGCUGGCUGCUGGUCCCUGUGAGCAGCAUUCACCCGGAAUGCCGAUUUCAUUUGGAAAUACAAGAGGAAGAAACAAAAUGUGCAGAGCUCCUGAAGGCUCAGACAGGAACAUACAAGGCCUGCAGCGGUGUCUGGGACAACAUCACGUGCUGGCGACCUGCGGACGUGGGAGAGACCGUCACGGUGCCCUGCCCAAAGGUGUUCAGCAAUUUCUACAGCAAACCAGGAAACAUAAGCAAAAACUGUACAAGUGAUGGCUGGUCAGAGAUGUUUCCAGAUUUCAUAGAUGCCUGUGGCUACAGUGACUCUGAGGAUGAGAGCAAGAUCACAUUUUAUAUUCUGGUGAAGGCCAUUUACACCCUGGGCUACAGUGUCUCUCUGAUGUCUCUUGCAACCGGAAGCAUAAUUCUUUGCCUCUUCAGGAAGCUGCACUGCACCAGGAACUAUAUCCACCUGAACCUGUUCCUCUCCUUCAUCCUGAGAGCCAUUUCAGUGUUGGUCAAGGAUGACAUCCUCUACUCCAGCUCAGGCACGCUGCACUGUCCCGACCAGCCUUCAUCCUGGGUUGGCUGCAAACUGAGCCUGGUCUUCUUCCAGUACUGCAUCAUGGCCAACUUCUACUGGCUCCUCGUGGAGGGACUCUACCUGCACACCCUCCUGGUGGCCAUAUUCUCCCCCAACAGGUGCUUCCUGGCCUAUCUGAUGAUCGGAUGGGGGGUCCCCACUGUCUGCAUAGGAGCAUGGACCGCGGCCAGGCUCGCGUUGGAAGACACAGGUUGCUGGGAUACCAACGACCACAGCAUUCCCUGGUGGGUUAUCCGAAUACCAAUUUUAAUUUCUAUUAUAGUCAAUUUUGUCCUUUUCGUUAGCAUCAUAAGGAUUCUGCUGCAGAAGCUGACAUCCCCUGACGUGGGUGGCAAUGACCAGUCACAGUAUAAGAGACUCGCCAAGUCCACGCUGCUGCUCAUCCCGCUGUUCGGCGUGCACUACAUGGUGUUUGCCGUGUUUCCCAUUGGCAUCUCCUCCAAGUACCAGAUCCUGUUUGAGCUGUGCAUCGGUUCCUUCCAGGGACUGGUUGUGGCUGUUCUGUACUGCUUCCUGAACAGUGAGGUACAGAGUGAGUUGAAAAGAAAGUGGAGAGGCCUGUGCCCAACCCAGCCCAGGAGCCGGGACUACAGGCUGCAUGGCUCGUCCAUCUCCCGACACGGCUCAGAGAGUGCCCUGCAGUUCCACCGGGGCUCCCGUGCCCAGUCCUUCCUGCAGACAGAGACUUCAGUCAUCUAGCCCAUUCUGUGAUGCAGGUGCAAUGGGAGGCUGUAGGGUUCCUGCAAAGCGUGGUGUGCUCACUUCCUCCCGGUGCACGUGUUAAGGUCUCAACUUGGUCUACCCAGUUGUCAGCUGAUUCACUGAGGACAUGUUGUAACCAAAUUGGCUUAAAUGCUAAUGAUUGCUGAACUCCAGCAUUUAGAGCAGUUUGUUCAUAAUGUUGUUCAGCCCUGUAGAUGGAUCAGUUGUCAAGAAAACGGGAGAGGAGGGUGGUCCCUGAAGUCUUAAAACAGAAUGCCGUGGCCCAGAACCAUGGCCCACAGCUGCUAAAGGAAGAUGAGAGGGUUUCCACUCUGUGCUGCCUCUUGGGAAAACUCGCUGCCCUGUCUGAAGACAUGAACUUGAGACUGGGCAUUAGCACGGAACUAGUAUCCAAACCACGUUGGUGGCCUCCAUCCAAGAAGGGCCACUAGUAUCUUCAAGACACUGGUACAGAAGCUGGGUUGGGCCCUCUGGAAAGUAACUCCUGCAUACCAAGAUGGACCAGAAAAAAAUCAUCAGAAGAGUUGUCCAUGUUCCCACCACCUCCACCAACACCACCACCCUGGAAUUUCAUGUCCCCAGCUCCCCCAGGAUCGUGCCCUGCCCAACUGCCCUCGCCGUGACUCUGCAUCACAGCACCCAACCCAGCACUGUCAUGGAGCUAUUCUGUCUUACCAAAGAAAGCCCAUAGAAGACCACCAGGUGGUAGCAGAUCAUUGUGGGAGGACAUUGACCCUUCAUUGAGUCCCACCGCACCCCAGCCAAAGUUAAAGUCUAGCACCUGUAUGUCUUGCAGGUGACCAGGGGGCCCCUCUCUGGCCCUGUGUUCUGUCUACAGGACUCACCUGACACGCUGCAGCAGCCACAGAGCCAAAUACUUCACCCGACUCAGGCUGCAGGCAGGACUACAGUCACAGAGGAUGGGGCCAUGCGGGACCAGGGAUAGCAGCAGGUGGAAAUGGGAAACCUGUUCUCUUGAUGAAAGCAAUCUUAAGAUUGUUUCUGUUUAGAUGGAGAUUUAUUUUUGUUACAAUAGAAAACAGUAUCGCAUGGCCCUAUCCAAUACUGGCAGAAAGCAGCCUAGCUUUCUUUCAUCUGGAUGUUUGCAGGCCUGGAAAGGUAGGUCCAGCAGAAAUGUCUGAAACGAUCUCAUGGGGGGAGGGGUACGCAGGGUAGCAAAGGGAGCAGCACAUUUGGGCACAGUCUCCAUUCUCAGCCUCCAGUCUUUGUCCCUACAACUCUCCCAGACCCCAACCACUGUGCGCAAGCCCAAUGCAGA